AUGUACUUCAACCACUAUCUGCAACAGAUUUUUUCAUCUUCUCCUAACGACGGUUCUAAAGUGCGAGUUGCAUAUCAAGGGGUGCCAGGUGCAUAUAGUGAGGCUGCUGCACUUAAAGCAUAUCCGAAGUGCGAGACUGUCCCAUGUGACCAGUUUGAAGCUGCAUUCAAGGCAGUUGAACUCUGGUUAGUGGACAAAGCAGUGCUUCCUAUUGAGAAUUCUGUAGGUGGGAGCAUUCAUCGUAAUUAUGACUUGCUCCUUCGGCACAGGCUACACAUAGUCGGGGAAGUGAAAUUAGUUGUUAACCGUUGUCUGUUAGGCUUGCCCGGAGUCAGGAAGGAGGAUUUAAAGCGUGUUUUAAGCCACCCUCAGAUUGCUAGUAAAGUGUUGGAUCAAUGCGAGAUGACAUUGAACAAGUUGGGUGUUGUCAGAGUCAAUUAUGAUGAUACCGCUGGUGCUGCUCAGGUUGUAGCCGCUGAUAGAAUAAGAGAUACCGGAGCUGUUGCAAGUUCCCGAGCUGCAGAAAAUAUAUGGGCUUGA